CUCAUACAAUUGCCCUAAUUUUUAAGAUUGAUGGGAAGCAUAAAGCAUUCUUUAAGUUGGUGACUGGUUCCAAUAAAUGCCUAUCUAGUACUGCAUAUGGUUUUAGAAUGUGAGUUUAUAAAGAAGGUGGAGAUCCCAGCUCCCUCCUCCCUCAUGUCUAUAUAUAUAUGUCUGAGUGUGUGUUUUAGAGCUCUGGGGAGUGUCUUGACAGAGAACCUGAGCUGGACAAAGCAGCCUUAAUCUGAGUGAGCUAACCAGCACCAUGAAAAUAUCAGGUGUCCUUCUGCUCCUCUCUCUGGCUCUUUUCGGCUUUUAUUCAGGUGUCUUCAGUCAAGGAGUUCAGAUUGACUGUGGUGAGUUCCAGGACCCCAAGGUCCACUGCACUCGAGAAUCUAAUCCCCACUGUGGUUCUGAUGGCCGGACAUAUGGCAAUAAAUGUACCUUCUGUAAGGCAAUGGUGAAAAGUGGUGGGAAGCUCAGCCUAAAGCACCCUGGAAAAUGCUGAAUCAGAACAAGCGUUUUCUGCUGACUUGCCAGCUCCCUCAUCCUUCUUUUCUUGCCUCUGCUCUUACUUUUCUCUAGUGAAUCCCUUCAAUUUAUAAAGACACACCUUCUACUCUACCUUGAGCUUGGGGAGUUCAAUAUAUAUUUCCCUUGAUUCACUCAUCAAUAAAGUAAAUUCUAUAGAA